AUAAAUUUGAGAAUUGUAAAACAAAAAAAGUCAAAUCAUCCAAAAUUCUUUACAAAACUCACGGACUAACCUACGAUUUUCAUGCAUGAUAUCUCGUAAACUUGAAAGUUUCUAAAUAAAUAAAAUAAUCUUCGAGCUAGACAGUCAUUCAUCUUUUCUUAUAAAAACACGUAACAAAAGAAUUCUCAUCAUCAAUUCAACACAAAAGAAGAAGGCAUCAUCAACAUUACCUUCUAAACCCUUACAAAAACCCCCAAAUCGAAAUUGGAUCUCAACCCACCUCAAGAAGAAAAAACACCAACAAUGAAGCACAACAACGCCAUCAUCUUAGCGGUGUUGCUCUUUCUCUUGUCGGCACCAGCCACCAUGUGCCAUACGAAGUCGGACUUAAUCAGGCCGCACACGACCGUGGUGGUGGUUAACAAGCUCGACGGAGAGCGGCCUCUGAAGGUCCACUGCCAGUCCCACGACUACGAUCUCGGCCUCCGAAUGUUGAUGCCACACCAACAGUUGAAUUGGUCUUUCCGAAACAACAUCUUCGAGAACGAACGGUUCAACUGCUCCAUGGAAUGGGGGGGAGAGGGAGGCGGCGUUCACUGGUUCGACAUCUACGAUGAGCACAGGGAUUUCGAGAGGUGCACAUACUGCCGAUGGCUCAUCAAACAGACCGGGCCGUGUCUGUGCUUGUACGAUCGUGAAUCUUGUUCCCACUGGAAGACGCCGCCGCCGGUGCACGCUGCAGGGGAAAAUAGCAAAGUUAGACUUGGGGUUUGAUUGACGCAUGAUGUGAAUAAUUAGAUGGUUUUUUUGUCUGCGUUUUGUGAAGUUAGUAUCACUCUACUAAGCGUUAAGUAUAACAGGUUGCGAUUGGGAUGAAUCAAUAGAAAAGCAAGUAAGAACCGUUAGUAAAUCUAUCUAUCUAUACUAUAUUUAUGGCAAUUCAAAAGAAAUCUCUUAUCACAUAAGCACUUGGAGGAUCCACAAUUUGCCAAGUUGGAUAACUUUUUUACAAACAAAAAAAUUAGUUAUUAAUGUAUUUAUGGAGUUACCUCUCUCUUCUUUAAUAUUUCCAUUUCUUUUAACCUUUUUUUUUUUUUGCUUUAAUAGUAGGUUACAUGUUGAUAAACUUAACCAAACACACAUAAAUAAUAAUUUUUUUGUCGAGUAAAAAAAAUAUAAAUAAGAAAACAGAAAGUAACAUAUACCACAUUUGUUUAAAUAAAAAAUAUCUGAUUAAACCUUAUGAAGUAAAAUUUUUUACUCAUUUUUACUAAAAUUGAAUGAUAAGUUACAUUUUUUUGGAAAUUAGACAAACAUACACAUAAACAAUAAUUUUUUCGAUUAAAAAAAAUUUAUAUGAAAAGAGAGAAAAUAAACAUUUCACAUUCAAUUACCUAUGAAAAAUAAACUAUAUUACUUUAUAUUUUGUUGCAAUGAAACACUCUCUUAUUCGUAAAUUAUAUGUCUAUAAAAUAAAAUAAGUAUUUUUUAGCAAAAUGUCAGAGUAUAAUCUUGAUCGAGCAGUUAUAAUUAUUUAUUUAAAAAAGACUUCUUAUUCCUCACAUCAUGUUCUACCUUAAACUCCUCAAAUGAAGAGAACUCACAUGUGCAAUAAUUUUAUAAUGUGUCAUAAGUUCACAUUAAUAAUAUUUGUUCUAUAUCAUGUUGAUUGAGCAAGCUCUAUUGAGGUCAUAAGUCGUAUGCUAAGAAAUUUUCUUUCAGACUUGGACUUAUCGUCAACGAUUAUAAAUAAAAAAUUUCAAAAUGACUUAAGUAUGAUUGUUGACGAACUUUGACUUAAUACCCUAGGAUGAGACACAAGAUUCCUUAAAAAAAAACAUAAAGGAAUGUUAGAGAAUCUUUGUUGAGAAUCUACGAUAAACAUCUCAUUUCAUCAACUACUAACCUAGACAUUUAGCAAAUAAAGGUUGGCAAUUUUUAGUAAAAUAGUCAAUUGGGAUAAACAUAUUUAUCCAACAAUCAAGUAUCUUUAUGCAAUAAUCUCAACUCUCAAAAUUGGUUGCCAUUUCGUCCAAACUCGAGAAACACGAAUUGAUAUAUGUUGUAUAGAUAAUAAGUUAAUGCAAAUAAUCAAAUGAAAUCCACCGAUAUUGUUCAAAUGAUAAGACAUUUUAAAUGCAGUUGAAAUAUGUGUGUAUUGUAGACACUCUUUAUCAAAUAUUAAUAUAAGUGAUAAAAUCUUUGAAAACUACACAUUCAACGACCAUGUUAAGACCAAAAUCCUCGAUAGUGUGUGGGAGUGUCUUAGAUUGAGAUUCUAAGACAACAUAUAAACAAUGACCACGGGUUGAACUUCAAAAAUUAACAAUUGAUACAUAUUGUAUAAUAUACUAAAUUUAAGUGUCUUGA